AUGACAUCACAACUAGACGACGAGUCAUAUGAGGACUGCCCCCCACAGACACAGUCAUCUCAAACAUCCUUUGGUGUCGGGCCAGGAGCUACAGUGUAUGGAUGGCCGAGUAAAGGAGGCCUGUAUGUCUUUGAGGCCUGUAUCGCCAUUGAACUUGACUUCCUCCAGCUUGACCGCUUCAACACUACGCUUAGGUCUCAGGAUCCCGCAGAGGAGGACGCGCAUUGCGCUAAUAUGCACCUGCUCAAGAGCUUUGCACCAACUGUCCUUGAAAACCAGUUACUUUUUGACGGCGCCAGUACAUCAGUCGUCCGGGGGCAUUUCAAGCAGUGGGUGGUCACUGCAUGCCAGCAAGAAGAGGGCAUUCCACCUAAGAGACUAGAAUACGCACAAUCAGGGCGGUAUAGAUUCUGUCUUAUGGUUAAUGAGGAGGCGUUGCAGUCAGUCUUAAACGCUCCACCUGUAGAGCGUGUUAACGGUACUGAUUUUGUGAUUCUGGUUAAUGGGAUGUGGGUGCCAGAAAUGAUGGAUGAAGCUGAGAUAGCACUGUAUGAUGACUGCCCGUCACUAAGUGAUGAUUAUGACCCUGUCGAGGGCUGCACUCUGCAUGAUGUGGGAUGGAUGAAAGUCUUCUAUGAUGGCGCUGAGAUAGACGGCUGGGCUGAUCUUUGCGAUGUUCAAGACUGGCAGCUGCAUUAUUAUCGUCCUCCUGACAUUGGCUUCAGGUUAUGUGGUUGGUUGGUCGCCACUGUGAGGUCCAGCCCGAGGCUCGGAAGAACGAAGGAUGUAUUCACUUAA